UGUUAUGUAACAGCACACUGAAUUAUAUUAUCAGGUUUAAAAAGGCAGUUUAUUGUCCAUUCAUCCCAACGUUUCCUAGAUUCAAAGGAGAAACUCGAAGUGUAAUUUACCUAUUUAAUGCUUACGUAAAUGGGAAUCGUAGUCUAUAAUGUACUCAUCGUGAUAUAACAGUCAAUAAUUGUAAGCAGUAAUUUAAAGCUUUUAAAUGAAAACCUCAACAUAGACUAAGAUAAUGAGCGAUGUAUCGCAUAGGAAAACUACAAGCCUUAGAGCCACCUGUGUCCAGGUUGCCUUCUUGAUUUGGCGGUAGUAAAACGUCCAGCUGCAUCUUUAGUAAUCUACAGACUGUCCUUCAGUUAACCGGGCUGGAAAUGCCAAAUCUCACUUUUGAUGUGGCAGGAAAUAGGCGCCACCACAUUGAAAUCGGAUUAUUCCUUCGUCGCUUUCAUUCGCUCAUUCUGGGCUCCGCUUGACCCAGCAGAGGUCGUCAGAAUCUCUAUUAGCUGCUUGUCAUGGUGCCUCAUCACUUGUUCGCCUUCAGUCGCAAACGUUCUAGUCACAGGCGUGAUCUCUCUUUCUGAGGGGCACAUCUCUUCUCCCGUAUGUGUUUGUUUUUGCCGCUCGGAUGACCAUCAUAGAGCGGAACACUGCGGUUUCGACACCGUACUAAAUGGACUCUAAAUGAACAGCUUGUAAACACGAGCGCAUCCUCUCUUGUCCGCACGGCGCAUUCAUUUCCCAGUUUGUUCGUUUUGACGGGCAUCUCUGGAGACGCAUCGCCUUUAAAGUUUCAAUGCUGCCGCUCGGGCUAUCAAAGCGACGCAUAGGAAACGAUCGCACUUUGGGAACUGGAAAGGACUGAUGAUCAAAUGUCUUUUGAGGCUCCAAUAUUGUUGAGCAUAUACAGGAUAGACAGAUGCCCUCGAGAAUUACGUGUAACCAUUCCUACAUCUUGGUUACCGGUCGGGAUGGCAAGCCACGGGCUCUAGGUUGGUCGGAAUGGAUAGAUGCUGGGAUUGGAUUCACCUUGUCUGUGCGGAUGAACGGCAAAAUAUUUGACCUGGACGGAGUGAUGGCUAAGGGUCUUAUUUCAUUUGGAAUGAUGUUACUGCUUGUGCAGUCGGUUUUUGCCAUUGAUGACAAGGGACGCUAUGAGUCCUUGGGACAGCCAGCUCUGCCGCAAGAACCGUCCGGAGCCUCGAAUGUUUCGGCCACCUUGCCUUCAGUGGUAGAGGCGUCUCCGCCGGUGACUGGUGCGGACGACGUGGCCAGGUCUGUCGGGAGUGUCAGACAGCAGGCGGUGUAUUUAUCGCCCGUUGAGACUCUGGCGGCGGGGACUGAAGCCGAGCCCAGGGCGUCAGUGCAGUCGGUUCCCACUUCACUCGGCAACAGUGACAAUCCGACCAGUCGGAAACCCUCAUUGGAGCCAGCUAGAAACACGGACCCUCCGUCCACGGCCCCCGAGGGGAAUAACGUUGCGGACACCAGUUCAGAGGAGGCGCUCGACUACCCUCAAAAUCCCGACCUGCCUACCUCCUCGCUGGCCUCCAUCUUGGACCUGGAGGAGACGGACACGUCCCCUCUGGUCAACAUGAUGAGCUCCCUCUCCCCAGGCCUGUGGAACAGCACCUUCCCUGCUGCGGGGCCAGAAAGAACCUCGUCCCCAACCGUGUCUCCAAGCGGCACGGACACUGUGACCACAGACAGUCCCCAGCUCACGACGGUGACCACCACGACCGUAACGCCCCUGACUGUCACCACGACAACUUUGGCCCCCUCGGGCGCCGUGGCUCCGACGAAAGAGGUGGCGAAGACAACGAAGGAGGACGUCGUGAGGACGACAGCCCUGCCUGCCACCACCACCACCAUAGAGCAGAUGUCUACCUCUGCCAAAACUACUGCUGUGGCAACCGAUCCAAUCACAACCAAACCACCAACAACGACACCAACAACAACAACAACCACCACAACGACGACCACCACCACCACCACCACCACAACAACAACAACACCACCUCCGACCACUCUGUCAACAACAACAACCACCACUACCAGUGCUCCGACCACAAUCAUAAGCACGACUGUAAACAACACCUCAGGACCUACCUCUGGUGAUGUCAUCCCUGAAGCUGACACCAUGUCCACCUCUGACAGUGCACCUCUACCUUGCAACAUCACUGAGCGGGUGUUGGUUAAAACAGUUUUGUCCAUUCAGAUGAAGGAAAACAGGCUCGAGCGCACCAUGAAGCAGAGCCUGUUGAAGGGACUCUCCCAGGCACUGCAGAAAGCCUUCAAUGACAGCAGCGUUCGAGUGCAGAUUGAGAAGGAGCUGUGUAACCCCUCCAAUGUGACUCUGGGCUACUAUAUUGCGAGUGGGAAGAGUGUGUACAUAGCCUCGGUGGUGGUGGAUGCCCUGAACGCAUAUGGCUUCGACAAGCUGCUCACGGACAUACGGCAGCAUGUGCCCGCGGUGGAGGCCUUGCUCCUUCCUGUCGACCCCUGGCUGGACAGCCCAGGAGUACAUCAUCAGCUGAGAACCGUCCUGAGGUUCGUCAGCUCGACAGACAACAUUAAGUCCUGCAGCUUCACACAAAUGAUGGAGCUGCGUUUGGAGAACACUCUCGCUGAGGCUCAGGACAAAGUGGAGAACACCUUCGGCUCCCUCACAGUGGAGAUCCAGGGGGCGUACCAGGCAGAGGGGUCACCCUCUGUGUACCUCAUCUAUGUCGUCCGGAACGGGAGUGCCCUCCUAAACGGCACUAUCUCCAGCGGUCUCCUCAACCAGCUGACCGCAGAGGUGGUCGGCUACUUCCUGUUGUUCCCACCACUGAUCAUCGCCGAGCCGCUGGAAUACCACAACCUCAACACCUCCGUUGCCACCAGAGAAUACUGGGUCAUCACAGUAAUUCAGGAUGUGGACAGCUCCACUCUGGAGGCAAGCUAUCAGAGCUUUGCCAGUUUAAUGGAGCAACGCCUGGCUGAGCUCUUUCUGGUGGCCAGCCGACACGGCCAGCGUUUCAGACGAGCAGCCACUGUCGGCGGGUACACCGUCCAGAUGGUCAACAUACGCCGUCUCCCUGGCCCCAAGAACCCUGCUGAGAUGACCUACUACGUCCAGCUGGACGGCGUGCCAAUCUCCGGCACCUCCGCUGCCAAGACCUUGAACACGGUGGACUCGCAGACCAUGGCGCUCACCCUGGGCUACUUUGUCCAGCUGCAGGCAGAACCCGUGGUGAAAAGCCUGCCGAGCAACCUGUGGAUCAUGGCGGUGCUGACGCCCGUCUCCCUGGUGAUGGUCCUCGUCCUCAUGGCCGUGGCCAUCGUGUGCCGCAGGAACAGGUCCGUCUUCAAGAGCAGCGCCUUCAGGAGCUUCCACCCACGAACCAAGACAUCUUAUCGGCGGGACGCCAGUUAUCACCACCAGCCAGUGCAGGGUUUCGACUACGCCAAGCAGCACAUGGGCCGCCCGGGCGAAGAGCCUCUGUCCGUCACCAAGGAGACCCUGGUCCUGUCCCUGCCCGCGCGGGACGCGGCCCUCUCGCUGGACAGGGUGGGGCACCAGGACGGCACGGCCUCGAAGAGGCCGCAGUCCACGGAGAUGCAGAGGAGGUUGCCAAGCGAGGACGGCUCUGUCUCCAGCAACGAGUCUGGGAAACUGAACACUGGCAGGAGCUCGUCGACACGGAGGGCUGCGGCAUCAAAGAGCAGCAAGGCGGACGCGCACACGAGGACCGAGCACUACGACUCCCUGACUGGCUCACUAAGACUCCUCUCCAUCAAACCCAUGGCUGCCCCGCCCACCUACUCCUACCCGGCCUCGUCCAAUCACAGCCAGGACUCGGUCAUGCUCAAUGGCGAGGCGAACGUGGGCCUGAAGCAGAAGUCUGAUAUCGAGCACUACCGCAACAAGCUACGGCUCAAAGCCAAAAGGAAAGGCUACAGCGAGGCCGGCGUCAGCACCAGCAGCAGCAGUGGAGGCAGUGGAGGCCAUGCCUUCAACCACCGCAGCGGAGACAGAGACAGGGACAGGGACCGAGACAGACUCAGGCGAGACAACGUGCCUCUGGACCUGGAGGACGCACUGGGCCCUGCAGAAGAGCGUAACCCGUCCACCUACAUGAAAUACCGCAGGAGUGACUCUCACACCAGGGACCCAUCCUACUGGAGUAGGCAGUCUCUGAAUAGCACGAGCCCAGUGGAGACGGAGAUGGACCUGCUGGUGAUGAGAGAGAGGUCCAGGAGGGGCAUCCGCAACAGUGGCUAUGAUGGGGAGCCCGAGCCCUUCGUGGAGACCGACGUGGACCGGCUGAUAAGUUCACUGGGCUACGGGGGACCAGGCCUCGGGGGCAUCGGGGGCAUCGGUGGCAUCGGGGCCGUCAGCGUGGGCCUCGUGGGGAAGGGCCACUCGGACUCCUCCACGCUGAGCUCACAGCCCUCCAUCGACGAGGUGCGGCAGCAGAUGCACCUGCUCCUGGACAACGCCUUCGACCUGGCCCCCGCCGAGCCCUCCGUGGCUUCCCCUGCCACUGCCGUAGCCGUCGCCACCUCCAAUGGCCACCACCACCACCACCACCACCGCCACCACCCUCAGCAAAGCUCCUACAGCACCCACCACCACACCAGCCCCUACUCGGACGGGGUGACCAGCGCCCCGGGCACCAUGCACCACCCCUCCGCGGCUCUGCAGAGGGGCUCGUCCUUUGAGCCGGACAUGCACCAGUGUAGCCUGCCCAAACCAGGCUUCAGGUUUACCCAGCUUCCUGACAUGGGCUUGGGCUCGCCACCCCCUCUCAUCCCCCCGAGGCCUCCUCCUGGAACCUCCCUGAGGCGCUCCACUCCCGAUGUCAGCCUGAAGCCCAGAGUCUCUGAGCCCUCGGACAUGCAGGUUCAGCACAAUGGAGCCGCCUACCUGCCACUCAACAGAGCGCCCUUCCCUGCCGUCACUGUGGACCAGUCCUUGACGAGCUACUCAGCAGGAAACCCAAUGACGGCAGUCUACGCCAUAUCUGCCAACCGGCCCGGAUACUCCGACUACUUUGUUGUCCCUCCCUCGUCAUCUUACCGGAGCCCCUCCUGGAUGUCCUAUCCCCCAGAGCCAGAAGACCUCCCUCACCAGUGGAAUGACACCGUAAAGAACCAGUGCCACUUGGAGACCAUCUGCUGAAGCGCGCCAGUCGCUAGCACAGAGUGGACACAACAAGAUGCCUGGGGUUUGUACAGUACACUACAAGGCCUCCCUCCAUCUGUGGAGACCCAGAACAGUUCUACCGCUCUCUAUCUCUCUCUAUCUCUCUCUCUCUCUCUCUCUCUCUAUCUCUCUCCCUGGCCUGACCUGGUCUGGUCUGGUUCGGCUUAGCUCUCCUGUGGGCCCUGGCCCUCCUCUCUGCCCCUUGGAGACCCAGGCCAGCCGCCUCACCUGCCCCGCCCAGCAGAGCCUUGUAGAACACACAGACAAAGCCAUGUCCCAGCCUCUACCUGGGCAACCUGUUACGGCUGCCCGCACAGGCCAAACUGUGUUUUUUUGUUUUGUUUUCAGCUUUCUUGACGCUUUAAAUAAUUAAUAUGAACAAGUGUAUUUUUUGCCAGUGGUUUAUUUUUUACUUAUGUCCUUUAACCCUCUAAGUGUUAGGUAUCUGUGGACUUCAUUCUGUUAUUUGCUCUCAUGCAUUACAAUGUCUCGAUGCAAAGGUAAAUAUUACAGGCUUACUGCAGGUGAAACAUUUGUGCACUGUAUUUGGAACAAGAAAAAAAAAAAUCUUAGUGGUUCCUUGAUCUGAAGAGAACGUGGCCAAAACGCUUAUAACAUCCUCAUAACCUUUCUCAGCAGCUUGUGAUGCUAACGUCUCCAUCUUGUCUACUGUUAAGGAAAACAUGGUAGCUAUUGUCUCGUUUCAUGUCAUAAACUGCAUCAGUGCCCUGCGCCAUUGUAAAUUUGGCUGUGUUUGAGAUACAGACCUCUGUUCAUGUUAAGUGCGGAUAACGAAGUGAUCUGAGGGGAGGAAGUGUGGAGUGCUGAGAUAGUUUCCUUUCAGACGAGGGCUGAUAUUAACUAAUGUGCUUUUCUUGCCACCUGCUCAAUCGCCAAAGGCGAGUGAAGCUUUUGUUUUCAACGUUCUGCCUUAUAUCUGAAAGGUACCAAAAUGUAGAUUUCUCAUUUCAGAGCCUAUGGGGAUGGUGUUUUAGACAAGAAACCCUCUGAGACUGAACCUAAAUCUUACCGUAUACCAGCAAUAUGAGAAAUACCACAUUUCGCAGUCGUAAUAAUUAAAACUUGAAUUUAUUGCAUAGCUUUUUAAUAAAUAAUUUAUGUUAAGAACAAAGGGGAAAUCUGAUGUCGACCAGAGGGACUCUAAAGUCAGAAUACAGACCAGCUCUAGGGUCAGUGUCAUGUGCAAUGAAGAAAGUGCUUUCCAUAAAGGUGAAUACUGUGUUACAAAGUGUGCUUCUUUGGCAUGUGUUCUUUCAAGGACGAAUGGUUUUUUGAUGCAUGCUCUCUGAGAGUGUCUCAUGCCAUGGCUCUGUAUGCAAGAUAGCUUUAGAUGUGGAAGCCACACUCCCAUCUCUCCAGAAAGAAAUGGAUAUCCAGACCUAGUGUUUUUGGUGUUACUACUCUCCCAUUGGAGAUCGACGUCUCGUUUCUAAAUACAAGUAUACAAGAUGACGUGUUUUCACUCCGUGUAGCUGUUUUUGUUUGUUUGUUUGUUUGUUUGUUUUAAAAAGGGAAUAAUUGCCAGAAGCAUUCUGCUUAGUGUCUUGGAAUCGCUUCCUGUGAUCGCAUCAUCAAUCUGUGAUCGAUUGAGUCUAAGCUGGAAACACUCCUUCAUCUUAUAUGUUGUACUGUACUGUAUAGGGAGACGACUUUUGUUUUUGGCUUUAGACAUCUAGUUUAUCUCUUUUGUAACUGGGUAGAGAUGUGGCGGUGGUGCUUGGAUGGUUACUGUUGCUACUCAGUUUUAUACUGUAAAAUACAUUUUUUUUUUCCUUUCUGGAGUAUUUUUGUAUUAAUUGGACAAUUUGCUGACCCCCCUUUCUUUUGGACAGGUAGCAUUUCAACAGUGUCUGCUGCCUACUUGCAGUACAGUCAUCUUACAAGAUUAUUAUUACAAAGUGUAAAAAACGGAAAUAGACCUUAGUGUGAACUUAUGUGGGAAAGGCAAAUUGUGAAAUAUGCUAUGUAUGUAAUUUCCACAACUCAUAUAUGCUAAGAUGUCAACCUUUAUCUCCGCACAUUCAUCUUUAAACUCCCCUUUUGCCAGAUGUAUAUUUUCACCUAACAACAAUCUUGUAAAAUUAACAGAUGUGAAAAAGUUGCUAUUUACAAAUCAACACAGAUUUCUGUGUUGGCUCUAUGUUUUAAUAUCAUCUGUGAUGCUAUUAUAUCUCUCUCUCUCUCUCUCUCUCUCUCUCUCUCUCUCUCUCUCUCUCUCUCUCUCUACUGUAUCUAUCUUUCACUUGUUCAUUUUAACAAAUUUCAUCCAACUAUUAAAAGAAAUACCAUCAUUUUACAACCAUUACAAUCAGUUCCAUUUGUGUUUUGAGACUCAUUUUGUUUGGUUUUAGUUCCACAUCAAUGGAAAUAAAAUAUUACCGGAAGUAUAAUACAUUUGAUCAUUCAAAAAUAAUAAUAAAAAUUCUGAAAACAUA